ACCCAACUUCUUCUUCUUCUUCUUCUUCUUCUUCUUCUUCUUUAUUUCUCAUUGCCCAUCAUGCCUUCCCUUUCCCAAGUAUACAAAGAUCAGCCUCUGACCCUGCCUAACCCUAUCAUGGACCUCACCAGAAUGGAGAAGGUCCCAGACUCUCAUGCAUGGCCACCCCUAGAAGACUACCUUGAUGAUGUGCCCUCCAAGGAUGGCAUCAUACCUGUGAUCAGCCUCUCAGAGCCCAAACUUGCUGUCAUGAAUCAAGUCUCACGUGCAUGUAAGACUUGGGGCAUGUUCCAGGUUGUAAACCAUGGCAUCCCUAUGCGGCUUUUUGCAGAACUAGAGUCACUGGGGCACCAGCUUUUUGGACUUCCCAUGGAACAGAAGCUUAAGGCCCUGCGCGCACCUGAUAGCAUCUCCGGCUAUGGCGUCGCCCGCAUAUCGCCUUUCUUUGAUAAGAUGAUGUGGAACGAAGGCUUCACAGUCGUCGGAUCACCGCUAGAACACGCUCGCCGCCUUAUGCCGGACAAUUAUGAUCGGUUCUGUGCUGUAAUUGAAGAGUACGAGACGGAGAUGAAGCACUUUGCAGAGAGAUUAAUGGAGCUGAUCCUUUCAUCGCUGGGGCUGAGGAAAGACGACGUCGAGUGGGCAAAGAACGGCUUCGAACACACGAAUGGCGUACUGCAGAUGAACUCAUAUCCCAUGUGCCCACAACCAACAACAGCCAUGGGGCUAGCGGCACACACUGACUCAUCAGUGAUGACCCUUCUCUAUCAGACCAGCAUCGCAGGCCUUCAGGUCAUGAAAGACGGGCACUGGAUCACAGUCCCUCCAAUCCCCGGCGCCAUGGUCAUCAACCUAGGCGACCUCCUUCACAUCCUCUCCAAUGCAUGCUUCACCGCCCCCCUGCACCGUGCUCUGGUGAGCCAAACCCACCAUCGCCUGUCGUUCGCCUACUUCUGGGGGCCGCCGGCAGAUACCAACGUCUUCCCACACCCUCGUCUCUUGAGCCUGAACAAUCCUCCUCUCUAUCAGUCCAUUACAUGGCAUGACUACCUCAAACUCAAGGCCAAGCUCUUCAACAAGGCACUGCCGUCAUUGCUGCUACCAGGAACAGCGUAGAAGGGAUCUGUUUUUUCCUAGAAAAUUCAUGUGCUAGAGGGUUUUGAUGAUGUAAAUACGCUGGUUUUGUCAUGGAGGAAGAAGUACAAAAGGAAAUGGCUGCCUUUUUUUUUUUUUUUU